GCAACGUCUUGAACGACACUAAUAUUUUUGUUUUGCAAAACAACAGAAAAUAAUUUAUAAUGGAAUUUACUGAUAAAAUGGAUAUGGAAAACGAACGUGUGUUAAAGUUGAUAUUCCCAGAUGGUGUUCCAGAUAAUCUGCGUGGCAAUCCGGAGCUGGACAAUUAUUUGGCCAAGUUGGGAACCUGCAAGGUGGAUCAACUGAAAAAAGAGCAAACCAGAUUAGCAGAUGAAACCAAACGCAUAUUGGAGCAAACACAGGAAUUGGCCAUUUCAAAUUACAAAACGUUUAUCACAACAGCGGAGAAUUCACGUUCGAUUUUCCAUGAGUUUCAAAAGGCAGAGGAGCAGGUGGACACUUUGAUUGGCAAACUGCCCACUUUUAGCGGCAAGUGCGAUCAGUUUCUCAAGGAUUCCUCGGAGCUGACCGAGCAGCGGCGCCUGAACAGCACAACGCUGCAUAAGAAUGCUCAGCUGUUGGAGAUACUCGAGUUGCCGCAGCUCAUGGAGCGUUGCAUUCGCGAGGGACGCUACGAGGAAGCGCUGGAACUGGCCAGCUAUGUGCAGAGACUAGGCCAGCACCAGGGACAUCUCAUACCCGUGGUGAAUAGCAUUGUACGCUCCGUGGAGGCGUUGUGGCAUACAAUGCUGGUGCAGCUGGUGGCACAGUUGCGCUUGGAUCUGCAGUUGCCCAAGUGCCUCCAGAUUGUUGGGUAUCUGCGUCGCAUGCAGGCCUUUGGCGACAACGAGCUUAAGUUAAAGUUUUUGCAGGCGCGAGACGCUUGGCUAACGUCCUGUCUGGAGGCGAUUCCUAGAAAAGAUGCGCAGCAACAUCUGACCAAGACGAUUGAAAUUACGCGUAUUAACUUAUUCAACAUUAUCACACAGUAUCGCGCCAUAUUUCCGGAGGAGGAGAUUGUGGGCAAGUCGACGCCAUCGAAGCCUCUGCAAGGCGUCAGCUGCAAUGGCGAUCGCUUGUUUCAGGCCUGGCUGCACAACAAGAUCAAUGGCUUUCUAUUGACACUCGAGACGGAUCUGGAGCGUGGCGUAAACUCCAUUGAAACGGUGCUGGGACAGUGCAUGUACUUUGGCUUAUCCUUCAGUCGUGUCGGUGCCGAUUUCCGGGCAUUGAUUGCGCCCAUCUUUGUGCGCGUGGUGCGUCACAAGUUUGAGGCAAGCAUUGCCCAAGUCAAUGAGCACUUUGGGCAGGAGUUGGACAAGUUUACACUGAUCAACAAGGUGACGUUGCACAGCCGCAAGCAACUUGAUACGGCAGCUCUGUCUUCCAGCGAACAAAAGUCAGAAUCUUAUGCUCCGCCUGAGACUUUGCUUGACUUUUAUCCACUUGCUGCUCUGUGUAAUGGCUAUCUAAAUGCACUGAACGAGCUGCGUCUCUGUGCACCGUUUGCUGUGGCAACUGAUGUGACGAGCUGCUUGCAACAAUCGUUGCAGUUGGUGGCACAACGAGUGCUUGCCUUUUAUCGACAGGAACAGCAGGCAUUCACGGGAAACGAACGCGAGACAUUUGUUAAGUUGUGCUCCUGUCUCGCCUACGAUCUCGUUCCCUACGUGCAACGCUGCAUUCAUGGCGUCUUUCCACCUCAGUCGAUUACGGUACAUCUCGGUAUUAGCUUGCUGCAACUGGAGCAACAGCAGCUCACCUUCUUGCAGCAGCAACAGAUCCUGGAGCCGUUAAAGCAUCUGCUGCCUUCAAAAGUGCUCAUCCAGCCAUCGGCAGUGCCAGUUGUAGAACCUACAAAUGUGCCUAUUCCAGCCGAGGGCUGAAGGUUGAAAAGUGAUAGUUGUAUUCCAAAUAUUAACUUAUAUAAUACCUAUUAUAUUGUGUUUAACAUAUUAUACAUAAAUGUAAAAAUUGAGCGACCAGGACUUGAAUAUGCCAUGCAGAAGAGUGGGAGGAGCAGAAGCAAGGAGUAAUAUUUUUCAACUGAACCGUUUUCAAAAUAUAUGUACUAAAUAGUAAAA